CUGUUUGUAGAGAAACGUGACGAGAAACGACUGAAGAAAGACAGAAAGAAAGAAAGGAAGGAAGGAAGAAAGAAAGAAAGAAAGAAGAGUGUGAGAGGCUGCAGUACAUUGGCAGGAUGGAUGUGACAUCACACUGCAACAGCUCUGACAUCACCGAGAGCGGAGCCAAUAAGAACCCGGUCCGAUCAGAAUGCAUCUUGAGCCAGCCGACAGCCAAUGGGACGCUCCCGCAUCACAACCCAGACCCUCUUCCUGCAGAGGAGGCUCCGCCCCCACUCUCCGAUAGGUCGGUGGACGGUGACAGCAGUGAUGACUCGGUAACGGACAGCUCCUCCACCAAUGACCUCUCUCGCCUCCUGCCCUUCCAGCCCGCCUCUGCACUCCGAAAACAGAAAGGUGUGGACAGCUCAUCAGUGUCUCCUCCUCCCGUCUGUACUCCUCCACCUUCCUCCUGUACCUCUCCUCCUCCUCCUCCUCCUCCUCCUCCUCCGUCUCCUCCUCCGUCUCGGGGGUCCGCCUGUAACAGACACAACUGCAGCCUUCCUCCUCCUCCUCAUGAUCAUGAUCAUCAUCAUCAUUAUCAUCGCCAUCAUCAGCGUCGGCACAGCACCAAUCAGAAGCGUCUCUCCUCCACUAGAAGCCACGCCUCAGUUAAGACGGACGCCGACCACAUUAAGGAGGUCGCUGGAGACGACUGUUGCGUUCACUGUCUCCUGGCCUGCCUGUUCUGCGAGAUGCUGUCCAUGUGUUCGGCUCUGGGGGAGUGUCUGGUGUGUGGAGUGGGCGGGGCCGGCUGUUGCGAGUCUGCGGCUGGCUGCUGCUGCUGCGUGGAGGCGGCGGGGGAGGUGGCCUGUACGGAGGAGGCGUGUCAGGCCGUGUUGGAUUGUGGGAUACUGGAGGACUGCUGUGGCUCGUCCGACUGCCUGGAGGUCUGUCUGGAGUGCUGCUCCAUCUGCUUCCCCUCGUAGAGCGGCCAAUCAGAGACGGACUACAAGAUGAUGUCGAGAGUAUUGACUUUUUCGCUGGAGACUAUACUGCUUCAUCCUGGAAAAACGGCCCAUGGGUGUGUUGGUCUUACAGGGAGGUGUGUUCAGGUGCAUUCUGGGCGUGCUGGUCUUACAGGGAGGUGUGUU